UAAACUACGAUCGGAAUUUGAUCAAAACAAUUGAAAUUCAAAUUUUUUAAAACAAAUCUUAGAUCAGUUCUAGGAUAAUCAAAUUUACGCUAAACAUCGGAUUUAUAUUUAAAAUGGAAGAAGAAAAUCAAAAACCAAAUGAAUCUAGUGAUAAAGUUGAUGAUAAUAAUGAAAAUGUGAAAGGAAAUGAUGGAAAUAAAUCUGGAACAGAAAUGGAAAAGGCAAAGAUAGAAACGGAUGAUAUAAAUAUAGACCAAGAGGCUGGAACCAGUACCAAUGCUAGCAAAAUUGAAGCAUCUAAACCUCCAUCGAGAAGAAAUUAUCGUCGACAUACCGGAGAUUCUGAUGACGAUAGCAGUUCCGAGCCAAACACACAGCAAGAAGAACCUCCCGCUGAUCUUCCUGAAUCUAAUCAACCUCAACCAAUCAGUGAUUCGGAAGAUGUUUCAUUAGAUGAACUACGUGUCAGUGUGAGUGAAGAGGACAAUAACCACAAUGCAAGAAGUUCCGAUUCAAGUGAUUCGGAUUCAUCAUUCAGUUUUGGCUCACGACUGUCACCUCUGAUUAGAUUUGGCGUGGGAAGUCGUAGAAUGUUUGCUGAUGACGAUACAGAUUCAAAUGGAUCAUCCGAUGAAGAGGUUGUUGACAAAGCAAAACGACUGACUAGAGACAUUAUGAGCAAAGAUUCGCCACUUCAUAACUCCGUAACAUGGCCUAAAAUUCUUAUGAAUCGCGAAAGCGGGUACUUUUGCAAACGUAAUGAAUCACGUUUUGCUAAUCAUCGAAAGGUCUUUGAGAGAAAUUUUUAUGGUUCGCUUAAUUCAGUUCAACGACUUGAACUUAUGGCAAAGCUGAAUGAACAUGUUGGCUGUGUAAAUUGCUUAGGAUUUAGUAAGAAUGGACUUUACUUGUUGUCAGGAUCGGAUGAUUUGCGUAUUAUUCUCUGGAACUGGUAUAACAACAAACCGCUGACGAUAGCAAAUUCAAAACAUCGAAAAAAUAUCUUUCAAUGUAAAUUCUAUGAAGAAAAUGGCUCAACAUUGAAGGUCGUUUCUGCAUCAGCUGAUGGAUCAGUUUCCCUUCACAACUUUUCAAGUUCAGGCGGGCAUACAGAGAAACAAAUCUACAAUCACCAUGGUGCUGUUCAUAAGAUUGCAGUGACAGAUAAUGUUGUUUACACCUGUGGCGAAGAUGCAUUAAUUAUGGAAAUGGAUUUUAGAACAAAAGCGCCAUCAAAGUUGACAAUAGUACGAGAGAAGCAUCGUAAAAUUCCUUUAUUCAGUAUCUUCGCGCAUCCUCUCGAAAUGAAAUAUGUCGUCAGUGGACGAGAUCAAUUUAUCAGAGUUUAUGACCGUCGCAAUCAAAAGGAAGUUUUAUCACGGCACUGUCCAACAGAGUUGCUUGAAAGGAACACAACAGCACGGUAUAUUUCGUGUUGUGUCUUCAACUACAACGGAACUGAAAUUCUCGGGUCGUUCAAUGAUGAAAAUAUUUACUUGUUUGACACAAAUAAUCACAAUCUCGGUUCAUAUCUUCAUAAUUAUCAGGGUCAUGUCAACAGUCAAACAAUCAAAGGUGUGAACUUUUACGGUCCUAAAAGUGAAUUUAUUGUUAGUGGUUCUGAUUGUUCCAACAUCUUCUUCUGGCAUAAGGAAACUGAAGCUAUCGUUCAAUGGAUGCGUGGCGAUGAAAAUGGAAUUGUUAACGUCCUUGAACCUCAUCCGAUUUAUCCUGUUUUAGCAACAUCGGGCUUAGAUAAAGAUGUUAAAAUUUGGAUGCCUUCCAAUGAAGACUUCGACAUGAACGUGGAAAAUCUGGAGUCUUGUAUUCAACAGAACAUGAAAAAUCAGAUCGAAGCGAGUCGUUCAGCAACUUUUUCAUUGGAUCCCACAAUAAUUCAACUUGCGAGAAGAUUCUUUCAAAGAUCACAUCGAGAAACUGUCUCACCAAAUACUUUUGCUAAUACUUACCACUCAUCAGAUGAAUCUUCUUCUUCAUCACCUUAAACACAAUUAUUUGAAAAUAAAUAAUGAAAAUUGUUGUUUGUGCCGCUUCGAAACUAAAAAAUUGUUUGUUUGUCAUAAUUUUUUACUUUCUGCUAAUUUAAAAAUCAAAAUAUAAUAAAAUGGAAAAGAAAUAUCAAAAAAUAGAAGAAUAAAAUGUGAUAGAUAAUUUAUAUCUUGUAAAUAUCAAAAAAA